AUGGCAAGUGAACGAGCUAUAUUUCUCAUAUUUUCCUUGGUUUAUUUUUCGUUGUUUUUGCUCGUUAUUGCAGUUGCUUUUGGUAUUUAUAAACUGAAACUUCAUUACAGAUUCCUUUUUAAGGUAAGUGGGAUAUUUUAAGCAAAAUUUGGUGACAAAAUGUGUUUAGUUUUCAAAGGUCAAAGUCUGUCAAACUUUCUAAAAACCAACAAAAAUUUUAUUGCAGCUCGAUGAACUGUCAAAGCAUCAUGGUGGCGAACUGGUAGCCAAUGUUUUGCAGGUCUGUUAUAUUAUUGAAUGGAAAUAAAUUUUGCACAAGUGCUUUUUGGGGGGCCCUGGGGAUGACAGGGGAAAAAUUUAAAUAUCAUUAGAGGUAUUAAAUAUUGAAACUUCCUGGUUUUACUAAUUUACCAUUUGGGAAAUAUAAUGACCAAUAGGCAAUAACUGUAAGAAAGAGUUCAGUUUUUGCAUGAAUGAAAAACUCCACUUUUACCAUCAAUAUGACAAUAGACAAUCCCCAUUACAGAUUAAUUUUAAAACUAGGCAAAGAGAUGCAAAUAAAUCACCACAGCUCGAAAGAACAUACUAAAAUGAGUAAAAUUGCUGCGAAAUGUUGUAAAAAUGGUUGCGAAAUGUUGUAAAAUGCGGAAAAUAUAGCCUUGCAAAGUUUGCAAAUUUUGUAUACUUUUGUAUUGCGUGUGGAAAUUGCUACCAUUUUCGGCCCAAAUGAAAUUCGGCCUCUCAAAUGAUGGUAAUAUUUGGAUAGUAGUGUUGCAGACUGCAGAAGAGAGUAGGCAGUAAGGCUCCCUCAUGCACCACCCCAUGGAAAACCUGCACCCCUCCUUGCAGAUGACGCUAGAUCUGCCCUUGCAAUAUGCAUAUGAAACAAAGUCUCAUUUGGGAGGAAGCCUUGCAAGGUCUUUUUUCAUCUCAAUCUAGGCUCAUGGUGUGAAAUAUGUGUUCAGCUUAUGUGGUGGACAUAUCUCACCAAUACUGGUAGCAUGUGAAAAACUGGGGAUAAGAAUUGUUGACACACGUCACGAGGUCUCGGCCGUGUUUGCCGCAGAUGCUGUAGCACGGUUGUCGGGCGUGGUUGGAGUGGUUGCCGUCACAGCAGGUCCUGGUUUGACAAACACUGUGACGGCUGUCAAGAAUGCUCAGAUGGCAGAGUCACCCUUACUGCUGAUUGGUGGUGCUGCUGCUACCUUGUUGAAGGUAAGAUAUUAAACUUUUUGAUUACCAUCAUUACGAUCAUCACCAACCAUUAUCACCACCAUGAUCAGCACUACCACCAUCAUCCCCAUUAUCAUGAUCACCAUCACCAUCAUCGUCAUUACCACCAUCACCACCAUCAUCACACCAUCAUCAUCAUUAUCAUCAUCACCACCAUCAUCAUCACCACCACCAUCAUCAUUACCAUCAUCAUUACCAUCAUCACCACCAUCAUCAUCAUCACCACCAUCAUCAUUACCAUCAUCACCACCAUCAUCACCACCAUCAUCAUCAUCACCAUUAUCAUCAUCAUCACCACCACCACCAUUAUCAUCACCAUCAUCAUCAACAUCAUCAUCAUCACCAUCAUCAUCAUCACCAUCAUCAUCACCAUUAUCAACAUCAUCAUCACCACCAUCACAUCACAUCAUCACCAUCACGAUCACCACCAUCAUCAUCACUUAAAUUUCAUCACUCAAAUUGUUUGUUACCCAACUCAAUUUAAUUUUCCUUGUUUUAAAUACCUUAAAAUUCUGUUCAAUUCUUAUGGAAUAUGUUUUAUUUUACGCAUGCGCGUUUUUAAUAAAUCAAAAGAAAAAUUUAGUUUGUUUUAACUGCGCAUGCGUAAGUAUAGUGCACCGUAAUAACUAGAACGGUAUUUAAGAUUUAAAUACGACCUGGGACGUAAUAUCCCUCACUAACCACUGUGCCCCCAAUUGUUAGCUAGCUUAGAUAGGGUGUUUGGUAGAGUCAAACUGGAAGCACUCUAAUUCUAAUGAAUUAGGAUUUUUUGGCAGCCUGGCCUGAUUGGGCUGGGCUAUUACUCCACCCAAAGCAAAAAAAGUCUUAUGCGAGCGAAGAGUCGGGGGAAAGUUGCGAAGAACGGGAGAUGGUGCGCUAGUACCACAGAAUAAAGAUCAGUAACAGAAGGGCCACUCAGCGGUGCAACAUGUCCUCGUUUUUUUAUGCAAAAAUAUGCAGUUUACUGGCCAGAAGGCGGAGCAGCCAGCCAGUACAGUGUGUUUAUUGGCCAGAAAAUGUCAUUGACUGGCUAGGAAAAUGGCGGCCAACAUGCGUAAUGCGACAUGCGCGAGGACAGAAACUUCAAAGCUUCCGACGUAAGUGGCCCUUCUAUAUGAAUCUUUAUUCUAUGCUAGUACGCUGCAAAAAAAACUGAUUGGGUAAUGGUAGUUAGGGGUGCACCGGAACGAAUUUUUAAGUUCCUGCCCUAUCCGACCGGAACUGGAACCGAAACUGAUUUAUUAAGCCAUAUAUGGUCAUAUGUUACUUUGUCCGCUGUCAGACAGGCAGACACUUCAAGUCAUCAAGGAGAGAGCUCGCAAAUGUUAGAAUAAAAAGAUUGACAAACGUUAAUUAAACGUCAUUAUUAUUUAUUGGCUAACAGCCAACUGUGAAAUUGUCAUAUCAACUCAAUGGCUAGCCAAAUAUGGAUUUUUCACAUUCAUAAUAGCAAAAUGACGUCAAUAUGAAAAAACUUUGGACGUGUUUGCGCCAUAUUACUAUGACGACGAGAAUCAUAUUGACUCACUGACGCCAUUGAUAUGACGCGACGACGGCUGCCGAAGGACUGAGGAAUUGUUUUUUUUCUCAAUACAAAUAAAAUACAAAUGUUUGUUUUGAAUUUUUAAAAUAAAUAAUAAAACAAUUACUGAAUUCGGUUUUCGCACAAUACGAAGAAUUAUCAAGCCCUCAGUUUGCCGUUAUCAACCUCGGCCUUCGGCUUCGGUUGAUAACGGCGAACUUCGGGCUUGAUAAUUCAUCAUAUCGUACUCAACCUCAUUCAAUAAUUGUUAAUAAUGAAGUGUUAAUAGUGUACAUUUUCCUUGCGUAGUCCAAAUUCCUCCUACUUUGAACUUUUGUUAGACACAAAAACGUUUGAUUUUCUAUCUCUCUGAAAACAACAGAAUUCCGGUUCCGGCCAUGCUUUUUAUAUUAGUUCCUGCCGGAAUCGGAACUCUGAAAAAUCGUGUUCCGGUGCACCCCUAAUGGUAGUGGAAGUCAAAAUCUGAACGCCAUUACUAUUGUUGACUGCCUUGCUCCGGCUUCAUCUACCUGAAAACGUAUUUAAGUAAAGUUUGGUUGGUUCUCUCCAAUACUUCGAGAUUUUCUUUCACCUUCUCUGUGCUCCGUGUGUGAGCCUGAGUGAGCCUUCGACUCGGCCACGCUUGACCAGCGUACUGUGCAACUCAGUUGCAAGGAAAGAUAGUUAGCACCCCCUGUCGCAGCGGAUAUUUCAUGCUCUAGAUUAACAAAAUAAAUGUUUGAUGGGUGUUUCAACUAUGUUUUAACUUCAAUAGAAUACAUGAUAGUGUUGGGAAAGCAUUAAGAACAGCUAACCAAGAUCGCGUGACUACCAACUCUCAUACAUCCUCGUUUCAUCUGGGCAUUACUACAUGUUCCUGCAAGACUGCGCGAAUUGGGAAGUGUGCGCAAUAUCGUCCGAGUCCAUUUGUUCCCACGGGAAUGCGUGCGGCUAACUUGUUUUAUUUUAUUUCCAUCAGGACAGAGGCGCUCUUCAAGAUAUUGACCAAAUGUCUCUCUUCAAACCUCUUUGUAAAUACUGUGUCACCGUUAAAAGGUACAAAAAUUACGUUUAAUCCUAUACAUAAUCUUGAACUGUCUAUUGCCAGUGUAGGUCAAUCAAAUGAACAACCUUUCGUUGGUAGGCAUGCAACUACCUGAAAAUAUAUAAGGAGAAUUUCCUAUAUAGACGUUUGAGCUAUAAACAUUCAUGACUCUUGCCUUGACAAGUAUAAUAUUGUCUGGUUAUCUUUCAGGGUUCGCGACAUUCCAAGCUUAGUGAGGAAAGCAAUGCAGGUCGCUCAAUCGGGAACACCUGGUCCAGUCUUUGUUGAAUUUCCUAUUGACACAUUGUAUCCCUAUCCUCUUGUUAAGAAAGAAGUUGGCUUGAAGGUACGGCAGACAGACAGGUGGGGCAAUGGGGGCAUGUGUCUCCCCCCCCCCCCACACACACUUUUUUAAAAGUGAAAAAGUGCCCUUUUUGCAGUAACAAAGACUCUGUAAAGGCCAUUUCCGACGUUAUAGAGACUCCAUAUUUUAAAAUAUUUUGGUUCCGCUCGUGAACGACAUAAAAUCGUUUGAUUUUGGUCAUAUACAAAAGUGCCCCUUUUGCUCAAUGCCCCUCCACUUUCGAAAUGCUUCCGCGGCCUCUGACAACGAUAAUCUGAUGUGCUAGAAAGGCGAUGUUCAUGUACACAUGCGAACAACUUUUCUUUCUACUCAAAUUUCUGACACAGAGCCAUGUUAUGUUUGAGAAAAGUAGUCAUAGAACAACGAUGCAUAGCGGGAGUUUACUUGGCUGCCCAUGUUGAUUAAGCGGAAUGUCAGAUGAAAAAAAUAUGGACAUUGCUCUCAAUUUCCCUGCCAGUAUUUUUACAUUAUUGCAUAACAUGGUUCUGUGUUGGAAUUUGUGCAUGUUUCAGGCUUGUAGCAAUGUGCCUCGCGUAACACGCCAUUCGAUGAUGUGCUGUCAGUUUGGUAAGCGAAGACAAAUGACAAUGAUUUUUUGCUUCUACCUUAGGAAAAUCCUGCUGGAUUGGGACAAAAAAUUGUGAAUUGGUAAGAUGUUUACCUAUUGAACUAUUUGUAUACAUAAUUAUAUAUAGAUAUCCCAUUCGCUACUUCGUUAGAAAUUUAAGGCGAUAUUUAUCCACCACUGAUGCAUAAAUAUAUUAUCUUGUUACAUAUAUCUGUAUUUUCAGGUAUAUUAAGAAUCAUUUAUUCAGUUUAUUCGCUGGAGCUUGGGAGCCACAAGCAGUUGAGCCAUUACCAGUCUCCAUACCUCGAGCAUCUGAUAAGGAAGGUAAGCCUGGGGUUCUACCUAGAGCUGGUAAUACACGAGACAAUUUUUAGACGACGAAGGAUCGCCUUCCAGCCGUGGUGAUGAUGAUGAUGGUGAUGAUGAUGAUGGUGAUGAUGGUGAUGAUGGAGAUGGUGAUGGCAAUGAUGAUGAUGAUGAUGAUGAUGAUGGUGGUGAUGAUGGUGGUGAUGAUGGUGAUGAUUGUGAUGGUAGUGAUGGUAGUGAUGAUGAUGAUGAUGGUGAUGGUGAUGGUGAUGGUGAUGGUGAUGGUGAUGGUGAUGGUGAUGGUGAUGGUGAUGGUGAUGGUGAUGGUGAUGACACUUGUUUCUGUCCUAUAGUUGCAGCGGCUGUACAGUUGGUAUCGAAAGCAAAAAAGCCUCUCGUAAUUCUCGGGAGUCAGUCAACACUGCCCCCAGCACCCGCAGAAAAACUUAAAUCUGCUUUAGAGGUAAAACAAACAUUUUUGUUGUCCUCUAAGUAAAUCUUCUUUUGACAAUUUGGUAUCGUUUUUACAGCACGUGAUAUUCCAUUGUGUUACAUAUAUCUAUUCCUUCACAUAGUCUUUGGGUAUCCCAUGUUUCCUUGGCGGAAUGUCGCGUGGUUUGCUGGGAAGGAACAGUCCUAUUCAUGUCAGACAGCGACGUCGUGACGCUUUGAAAGAAGCGGAUGUUGUCAUCCUGGCAGGUAUGGUGUAUAUUGGUGUAGGUGUGAUUGUGACCAAGCUCUGAUUCCUGCAAUAUGCACUUGUCUGACUGUAAUUUCACCUCAAUCACACGAGAGAAGAGUGCAUCUUGUCUCCUCCUGUAGUAACCUGUUGGUUGGAAAAACUUAACUCAUGAUCUACUACUCUCAAUAUUUUUCCCAGGUACUGUUUGUGAUUUUCGCCUUUCGUAUGGCCGAGUGUUGAAUAAACGAAGUAAAAUUAUCGCCGUGAACAGAAAUAAAGAACAACUAUACAAGGUAUUGUAACCAGGGGCCUUUAACUUUUUUGUGUACCUUCGACCACACAAAUUAUUUGAAAAUGUGCAUGCAAAAUAUCUUCAUGCAACAUACGAAAUCACAACGUGAUGAGCCAUCAGCCAUGAAUUGCUGUAGAUACCGAUUAGUAGGCUGGCUUAUGAGUUAUGGCUUUAUAUAUUUUUUGCCCAAGAAAUCGAGAAUUUUAAGCUCAGAGCCUCAGACUCACAAUCAUGCAUUUGCACCGUGCACUGGUAGUUGUUCUCAAGAAAUUUUAACUUGUCAGUGUCCCUAUAUGAUAGUAAAAUAUAUAAUAAAUAAGAAUUAUAAAAUUUAUAUUCUAACUUCUGGUUGUAAAAGUUUUACAAAAUGUGCAAGAAAGUUGUUUCUGAAAUGUGGCUGCUACCAGCGGUCCCCACUUUAAUGACGCCAGACUAUAACUACUGUUCAUAUUCAAUAGAACGUCUUUCAUCAACGCACAUGGAACAUUUUAGUCUACUAUUUCAUUCGUGAUGUUUUGUUAGUUGUUUUUGUUACUGUCCUCUCUUCGCUCGAAUCUUGAAUUGAUCUUAGAAGUCUUUACGUCACAUCACUGUCAAACAAUGAGGCAUUGAAUGUCAAUUGGGACUUUUGUCCUGUUUUCAUUCCCUGCCACAGACUGUAACUACUGUCUGUAAUAUGUUUCGUAUGUAAUCUGUGGUAAAUCUAUGAAACUAAACUAAACUAUUUGACCACAUGUAUCGCACAUCGUAUACCUAAUGUUUGAAAAGUAAAAAUUGUGUUUACGUAAGCACUUCAAGAAUUAAUUGGUAGUUCACGUUUGUUAUUUUUUUCAGAAUUCUGAUAUGUUCUGGAAACCGACUUUAGCUAUUCAAGGUAAUUUGAAUUGGAAUCUGUUGAAUUUGACAUUUGAAAUUAAAUGUUAAUAAUUUUGAUCCCCUAAUGUCCCCAGGUGAUCCUGCAUUGCUGGUGUUAUCCCUGAGUGAACAGUUAAAAGGAUAUAAAUGUCCCGAAGAAUGGCCUCUCAUGUUGAAAGACAGGGAUGAACAAAAGGAGAAAGACAAUAGGUCUGUUAUAAUGAACAUAAUUGCUUGUAUUAAAGCAUAUACGAACUAGUAGAGCUAUCCAGUGUUAAUAAUACCAUCAUCAUCAUCAUCAUUACCAUCAUCAUCACCAUCACCACCAUCAUCAUCACCAUCACAUCAUCAUUACCAUAAUUAUUACCAUCAUCAUCAUUACCAUCAUCAUCAUUACCAUCAUCAUCAUCAUCAUCACCACCAUCAUCAUCAUUACCAUUACCAUCAUCAUCAUCAUCAUUACCAUCAUCAUCAUCAUCACCAUCAUCAUCAUCAUCACCACCAUCAUCAUCAUUACCAUUACCAUCAUCAUCACCAUCACCAUCAUCAUCAUCAUCACCAUCAUCAACACUACCAUUAUCACCACCAUCAUCAUCAUCAUCACCACCAUCAUCACCACCAUCAUCACCACCACCGUCACCACCACCGUCACCACCACCGUCAUCAUCAUCACCACCACCAUCAUCAUCAUCACCAUCAUCAUCAUCAUCAUCACCACUAUCAUCAUCAUCACCAUCAUCAUCAUCAUCACUACCAUCAUCAUCAUCAUCACCACUAUCAUCAUCAUCACCACCAUCAUCAUCACCACCAUCAUCAUCACCAUCAUCAUCAUCAUCAUCCACCAUCAUCACCACCAUCAUCAUCAUCAUCACCAUCAUCACCACCACCAUCAUCACCGGUUAAAGUUGAUACAGUCAGUAUAACACGAGAUAUUUGUUGUGAUGUAGUGUGAAAGCAGAGGAGAUGGUAGAUAAACAUUUAAAUCCUCUCAAGAUUUUACAUUGUCUGGAAGAAGUCAUGAAUGAAGAUAGUGUGAUUGUUGCUGAUGGCGGAGACUUCGUUGGAUCAGCAGCUUAUAUACUGCGGUAAUAAUGACAGGGCAUUUUUAACUAUAUAACCACUGUGGCAUUUACCCCAGUAGGCCCUUUGCUUGCCCCAGUAGUGAAGCAACAUUUUCAGCUGGGCCCUUUCGAUCAUUAGUAAAAAGUCGUCCUUGUUGAAAAAGCUGCAUCUGCCUGCUUUCUCAUAACCUCUCACAUUCUCCACAUUCCAUCUUAUAAAAGUGAACACAACAUGGUCUUUAUGUACGCGUAAUUGUAUGGGGAAAGGCCCUCAUUGAGACUUACACCCGUAUUCUAAAAGCUCACUCACACUCAAUGAGUGGAGGUUCAAUGUGAGCUUCUCUUGAGUGUCAUUGCUGUUUUUGAAUAGCUGGAGGGCUAGUGUCAUACCUUACUCGGUGACUACUCACCCUCCAGCUAUUCAAAAACAGCAUUGACACUCAGGAGAAGCUCAGAUUGAACUUCCACUCAUUGAGUGUGAGCUUUUAGAAUACGGCCGUUAGCCCCAGUAGUUGUAAUUUCUUAAAAAAAUGCCCUGAAUAAUGACUUAUUUAUACCAGAGACGAAACACAACACACGCUUGUUCAUACAAAACAAUGGACACUCCGAAUACGGUUGACAUUUCCACUCAAAGUUUCAAUUAACUUGCAGUCAUCGUCAUCAGGAAUAAAUCUUGUAAAAUUAAAUUGCCAAAAAUAGAAUUUUCUUCUCGUUUUAUUGCACAGGCCACGCGGUCCAUUACGUUGGUUAGAUCCUGGAGCAUUUGGUACUCUGGGUGUUGGUGGAGGGUUUGCUAUGGGUGCGAAGUUAUGUCGUCCUGAUUCUGAAGUGUGGAUAAUCUAUGGUGAUGGUAGUUGUGGUUACAGUAUGGCUGAGUUUGACACAUUCACCAGACACGGG